GCUUGGUGGAUUCCUUUUCGGAAAAUUGACGUCACGCAAACGCCAUUUUGUAAAGUGUCCGCCGUAGUCAGUUUUCUGGGCACAGUGUAAAAUACGUAAUUCGCAUGGUUUUGUGUACAUUUAAAACAUAAAGACAAUCAAAAUCACAGUUAACGUCUCGUACGUUAAUCUCACAGACACAAAGUAUGGAGGACAAGGCGUCAUUAAAAGAACUGGAUCAGUGGAUAGAACAACUAAACGAAUGCAAGCAAUUGACAGAAAAUCAAGUAAAAACGUUAUGCGACAAGGCAAAGGAGAUCCUUACAAAGGAGUCUAACGUCCAAGAGGUGAAAUGCCCGGUGACCGUCUGCGGGGAUGUCCACGGACAGUUCCACGAUCUUAUGGAGCUGUUCCGCAUCGGCGGCCGUUCCCCUGACACCAACUACCUAUUUAUGGGAGACUACGUCGACCGUGGCUACUACAGCGUCGAGACCGUCACAUUGCUCGUCGCACUUAAGGUCCGAUACCGCGAGAGAAUAACCAUCCUCCGCGGAAACCACGAGUCGAGGCAGAUCACCCAAGUAUAUGGCUUCUACGACGAAUGCCUCCGCAAAUACGGCAACGCGUCCGUAUGGAAGCACUUCACCGACUUGUUCGACUUCCUGCCCCUGACUGCGCUGGUGGACGGUCAGAUCUUCUGCUUGCACGGAGGCCUCAGCCCCUCCAUUGACACGCUCGACCACAUUCGCGCCCUCGACCGCCUGCAGGAAGUGCCGCAUGAAGGACCCAUGUGCGAUCUGCUCUGGAGUGACCCUGAUGAUAGAGGCGGAUGGGGCAUAUCGCCGCGUGGCGCCGGCUACACUUUCGGCCAGGACAUCUCGGAGACGUUCAACCACAGCAACGGGUUGACGCUGGUCUCCAGGGCCCAUCAGCUCGUCAUGGAGGGCUACAACUGGUGCCACGAUAGAAACGUCGUCACUAUAUUCUCAGCACCCAAUUACUGCUAUAGAUGCGGUAACCAAGCCGCCAUUAUGGAAUUGGAUGAUGCGCUUAAGUACUCAUUCCUUCAGUUCGACCCGGCUCCGCGACGUGGCGAGCCGCACGUCACGCGACGGACGCCAGAUUAUUUCAUGUAGGCUGCACAGGAGGCGCAUAUGAAGGGGGCGGCAAGCGUGCGGGGCCUGGCGUGCGCGCGGCGGCGGCGCGGACCGCGCGGAGCGGCGGCGGCGUGCUGCGCGGCGGCGUGGCGGCGCGGCCGCCCGGCGCGAGCGCCGCGCCGUGCUGGACAGCCUGGUGCGGGUGGCGCACUGGCUGGCGCACGUGUAGCGCGUGCGUCCGGCGCCGCGGCCGCCGCGCGACUGCCCCGCCGCCGGCGCCGCGUCCGCGCCGCGCUUUCAUUUGUAAGUGGUUGUCACCAGUCGAGUCGUUAGGUUCUUGCCGUUCACUGUGCAUUCGCUCCGCGCUAGUUAUGCUGGUAUGUUCAUGUCCUGCGGAGCCCCGGCCUCCGUCGAUAUCCCGAUGUACCGGACACUAUUGGACCUCAUUAAACUCGUACGUUUACUAAAACGGUAGUUUUAUUUCGCUCUCGUCUCGCAUCCCUCGGAUCGACAGCGACCUAUGGACAUACCAUCAUAAUGUUAUCUUUGGUGACUAAAUGUGCGCCCUAUUGGAUUCCCAUAAAGCUUAUGAUCUUACAUCUAAUGUGCAGUAAUGGAACUUAUAAUUAGUGAAACAACAUAAUUAUUGUCAAUCUAGCAAAUGUAUGAUGUUUUUCGAUUUAAGUUACUGUAGAUCAAAAUCUGUCGAAGUGCAUCCUGUAAUUUUGUAUUUUUAGUUGCUUUACAAAUGAACUAUUAAAAGAUUUUUUUACAAUUUGAUAUUUACAUUACACAAUACUACACACUGCGGGGGUAUUGAUCUGUCGAGGUCUACAAAGCAAUAGCAAGCAUUUAGUUUUAUGACAGAAUGGCAUUAUGUAAUUAUUUUUAUUUUAUAAUUAUUAUACAAAAUAAAUUUAGUUCGACUGUAAGUCUGUAAAAGUAUUAGGAUUUUUAAUUGUUUAUAUACCCCAGUGCAAUCAUUCUGUCAUAAAAUGUCUGAGAGAACAAGUUCUGCAUUUUGAGAUUUAUUAUUCAAAAUUCUCCUUUUCUUGUGCCACAGUACCUGUAUGACAUGGAAUAGUGAUUCACAAGAGUGGAGCUUUAAGUUCUUUUUAUUCUAUAUUUGAUUAUAAAAUAAUUUUAGGUAAUUGUGUAAAUACCUAAAGAUCAAGGCACCCGAGAGGUUGUUAUUGUUUAAACUAAGUGUCGAAUACUUUCCCAUUAAUGUACUCAAUUCAUAAAGGAGGUAAGUAACUAAAUAUAUUAAUAACAAUUUUAUAUGAGAUCAUUGCGAACUGGGAAAUUGUUUUAUAACAUCUUAGGAUAGAAAUUUAUAACACAGGGGGUUAUAUUGAAAGUGUUGAAGCAUGUUUUUUAAGAUUACAUACUCACUAAUUAGCCCUGGUUUCCUUAUACAAAGCAUUUUUUUCUAUUUAUAGAAUAACUGACAAAAGCAAUUUUUUAUUCCAUUUUCCAUGUAGAAAACGUGUACUUAUUUUAGAAUCUGAACAGUGGACAGUUUCUUUUGUCAGUGCCAUCUUUCAAUUUAAAAUAAAAUUUCAGAUUUAUAAAAUAA